GUUUUUGCCCAUUGCUUGAACACUAUAGACCCAUGCUUAGACCAAAGUAACACAACUUGAAGUUUUUGUUACUAUACCUUAAACACAUGUAACCAUACCUUAAACAAAAGCGCUGCUUUGCACUUUAGUUGCAAUUCUGCAACACACUUACUCCUUUCUGCAACACACUUGCUCCUUUCUGCAACACACUUGCUCCUGCACACUACACACUAUUUCAUACAUAAGACACUUCGUUCAAAAAUGAAAUCUCAGGGUACCAUUGGGAAGACACAGCUAUUCAAAAUACAAAACACAUCGGGUAAUUGAAAACACUAAGAUACACACUUGAAAAUACUUACUUACAACACUGAACACCAAUCAGCCAGCUACAAAAAGGCCUCAGUUAAGCCAUUUUGAGAACUUUGCAAGCAUGGAUGCAUGGAGAGCAAGAGGCAGAGGUAGAGGAAGAGGAAGAGGAGGACGCGGUCGAAGAGGCCAUGCACGGACCGUUAUUUCCGAUGACAUAAGAGCAACUUUGGUGGACCAUGUCAUAAACCAUGGCCUGACUGUGAGGGAAGCUGGGCAGAGAGUCCACCCUAAUCUAAGCACUUGCACAGUUCCAUACAUAAUAAGGACAUUCCGACUGGAAAACAGAAUGACUAGAAGACCUUCUGGUGGUGGACGCCAACGCCUGUUCACCCAACAGCAGGAACUUGCCAUUGUGGACCUAGUCAGAGCAAACAAUGCAAUCCGUCUCCAGCAGCUACGGCAACAAAUACUUGCAGAUAGGCAAGUGUUCAACAACAUAAACCGAGUAAGCAUUACCACUAUAAGACGCAUCUUGGUAAAGCACAAAAUGACCAUGAAGCAACUGCACAGGGUCCCAUUUGAGAGGAACAGUGUCAGGGUCAAAGGACUUCGACGUGAAUAUGUACAAAGAAUCUUGGCCAUGGAUGGAGCUGCACAGCCUCAUGACUUUAUUUACAUUGAUGAGGCUGGAUUCAACCUUAGCAAAACAAGACGACGGGGUCGUAAUAUAAUUGACUAAAGGGCAAUUGUGCACGGCCCGGGGCAGCGCGGGGGAAAUAUCUCAUUGUGUGCCGCCAUAAGCCUUCGAGGGCUUCUGUACCAUCAUGCAAAACUAGGUCCAUACAAUACACAACAUAUCAUCACAUUUCUAGAUGCUCUUCAUAAUAUAGCUGUACAGGACAGACCAGAGCAGCCCAGGUUUGUUGUUAUCGGGGAUAAUGUCAGU